GAGACACUCUUGAUCUCUAUGCUGAUCCCAGUGAACGUCCGUCUGCAUUACGUCACCUCGCUCAGUGCCUUUGUACAUGUUGUAAGAUGAAUCAGCAUCAUGAUGACUUCUACUCUUCAUCAUCAUCGAUGGCCUCGACUGCAAAGGAUGAUUGUAACACGAGCUCAACUGCGACUGAUCUGACCGUUACUGAUACGACACUAGAAGGAUGGCAGGAUUGUGGAUCGAUGUUUGACAGUGUGAAGAGGUUCACCAUACAGGUACGGUACGCGAUCACAUGUGACGUCAUCCACAGGAUCCAUCUACCAGCAGUAACAGAGCUCACCAUUCAAACACAUGAGUAUACUGAUUAUCCGGCUAUUCUCCACGAUGAUCCCACCUCACUACCCAAUGCUCUUCACCAGGUCUCAUCUCAUCUUGUCAAGUUCACAUUCAGAGAUAUCGACAUCGGUAACGAUCAGGCUGAAUGCAUCAUUCAAGCUUUCAGAUCAACACACGAUCUCAAACAUCUGAGGAUCCUGGGGUUCAUAAGAUGUGGGACUGAUGAGAGUUUUGAUCGUUCUAUUUUUGAUUCCGAUGAUGAACAUAAGAUAAUAGUGGAGAUAGUACAUGGCGAACCAAUUAGUAAGCUCUUUCCAGAAUGAAGUUGCGGCAUCAAGAUCAUGAAGAAUCAGACGAUCCUAACAUGGCAGCAAACUUGAAAAACAGGGUUCUUUCAUUUCGGUUUACCGUAAAGUGGUAUAUGGAAUAGUUUUAGAGGUAGAGAUGCUCCCGCUCUCGAUCAGUUAGUUUGCCAUUGUCAUGACCUACCAUGACGUAAUGACCUACCAUGACGUCAUGACAUACCAUGACGUCAUGACAUACCAUGACUGUACAAAUAACUGACAUGCAUGGGCAUUAAAAAAUGAGAAUAGAUUUACACUAAUGAUAUCAUUCUUUGGUCUCCGUAGACUCUGUCUUGGGAAAUUUAGGACAACGUAUGUUUGGAGCCAGUACAUGUAGUUCUAAAACAUUUGCUCCGGCGACAAGCUCCGAUGCAAAAUCUGCAGGUUACGCCAUACAUGAAAUAUAAUCUGCAAAAUUCUAUAAGCCCCAAAUCGUUAUCUUUGCAUUAGUUUGAACCAAAAACUAUUAUACAAUCCUUCUCUAACCUAUGCCCUCUGAGAUAUUAAGACCGGAGCAAAUGUCGCAUGCAGGAGCAAAUGUUGUUUACCCGUUUAUUUAAGUGAUCCGUCUAUUUUUUUUUUCAUAGCCAUAGUUUGAUAAUGGGAUAGGUCAUGUACUGGACAAGAUGCUCCACGGUGAACGGUCCUGUGCAGAAAGUAUGAGCUAAAGUCCGCCCCAACGAAAAAGGGCAUAUCAAUGAGAAAAAAAAACCAAACAAUAUAAGACGCUGAAAAUUCGUGUAAGCUGUGAUAUGAAAGAAAACAUUUGACAUUUCAAAGUUCUUGUUUCAUUUCAUUCAUUUUUUAUUUCCAACAUAUUGCAUUUUUCUUCGUACAAUAUUACAUAAUAUACAAGCAAUGAAACAGCAUCUUAUUCGUACAAAAAUUUUAGUUGCGAUAAUAAUACUAGCAGGUUUGAAAUGGAGGAGGCUGCUAAAAAGAAUAGCUUGUAGGGUGCAGCCUCCUCGUAAAAAAAAGUUCUUGUAUAAUAGUAUAUACCAAAACAAAAAAACACACAACACAACUUGAGCAUCCUUCUCACUUAUUGCCCCGAAGCUCAGGAAUAAUCUCCCCAUUAAUGUACGUGAGGCAUCAUCGUAAGAACUGUUAAGUCCCUCCUAACCCCCCCCCCUUUUUUAAUUAAGUUUCACUUGCCUAUUGUUCGCUUCUAUUCUGUUGUGUUUGAACUUAUCCCCCUCAGGUAAUUUGCAUUAUCAUAUUGUGUUCAGAUUUGUUUAAGUCAGAUUGUAAGCUUAUUUAUAAGGAUCAUUUAAAUUUACACACAUGAUUAUCGACCCGUUAUAUUUAAGCUGUAUAUUCGCCGAUUAUCUCUUUAUUUGUACGUGUAAUUAAUUUUUCGUAAUGGUGUUUUCACUUUCAAUUCCUCUGUUGUUCUUUUUUCUGAGAUAUCUUGUAUUUUUCCCCUUCUUUCUUAGCGCUUUAAAACUUUUGUAUUAAGCGCUCUAUAAAUUGUGUACAUCAUUAUUAUUAUUAUAAAACCAGUUAAAAAAGAAAAUGAUAAAGAUAGAUAAAUUUGGUUACAGUUACAUAACAAUGGCUUCGCUAAUUCUGAUGGUAGUGGAAUUCAAAUGGGGGAAGUAAUGAAGUGACCUACUCACUAUUUCUUGUGUAUUUCUUGAGAAAGUAUGGAAUGCCUUAGUGUUUCUUCAGAAUAAUACCAAUAUGCUCAUAUCACUGUCAAAUCACGUAAAACAGGGUUUUGUUCCUUCUUGAAUAAGUUUCAUCGCCAUUUGUACACCCAUUUGUCGUAUAUUGGAAAUGCUUCCUAAAUAUGAAAACAAAUAAAUUCAUUGUGAUAAUAACAUUCAAAAUAAAUAGUGAGUUUAUGUUACUAUCCUGCUUGGGGUAUAACUGUU